CCUUGGCCCCCACGCCGCCUUCUCCCCACCCCGGGCGCGUGGUCUGUCUUGGGGAGGCGGUCGCGUGCGCACAGCCAUGCACUAGGCAGGGCUGCCCCCCUCGCCUCAUGCGCCUGGGGACCCCGGAACGCUGCCCCGGGGCCACCGCCUGCCGCCGCUCGCCGAGCAGCCUGAGCCUGAGCUAGGGUCGGAGCCGGAGCCGGAGGCAGGCCGGGGCGUCGAAGCUGCCGGCGGCGCAGCCAUGUGGGGCUAGCCCGCGCCGCGCCUGGCCUGCAGCGGAACCGGCAACAUGGAGGCGGCCGUCGGCGCCCCGGACGGCGGGGACCAGGGCGGCGCGGGGCCCCGCGAGGACGCGACGCCCAUGGACGCCUAUCUGCGGAAACUGGGCUUGUAUCGCAAACUGGUAGCCAAGGACGGGUCGUGCCUGUUCCGGGCCGUGGCGGAGCAGGUGUUGCACUCUCAGUCUCGCCAUGUUGAAGUUAGAAUGGCCUGUAUUCAUUAUCUUCGAGAGAACAGAGAUAAAUUUGAAGCGUUUAUAGCGGGAUCGUUUGAAGAGUAUUUAAAACGUUUGGAAAAUCCACAGGAGUGGGUCGGAGAAGUGGAAAUCAGUGCCCUUUCUCUUAUGUACAGGAAAGAUUUUAUAAUUUAUCGGGAACCAAAUGUUUCUCCGGCACAAGUAACUGAAAAUAAUUUCCCUGAAAAGGUAUUAUUGUGUUUUUCAAAUGGAAAUCACUAUGAUAUUGUCUAUCCCAUACAGUAUAAAGAUAGUUCUGCUAUGUGUCAGUCUCUCCUUUAUGAAUUGCUAUAUGAGAAGGUAUUUAAAGCUGAUGUUAGUAAAAUCAUGAUGGGACUAGACACUUCUGAAGUAGCUGAUGGAAACAACAGUGAAAUAUCAGAUUCCGAAGAUGAUAGUUUCAGGAAGAAAAGUACCACUGAUAAUGAUGUGAAUGGAUUUAAAGCUUUGUCAGGCAAUGAGCAUCAAAAGAACAAUGAGAAGUCUACUAGCCUUCCCUUGUCUAGAAAGGUUCUGAAGUCACUCAAUCCGGCAGUCUACAGAAAUGUGGAAUAUGAAAUUUGGUUGAAGUCUAAACAGGCUCAACAAAAACGUGAUUAUUCCAUUGCUGCUGGUUUACAAUAUGAAGUUGCAGAGAAAUGCCAAGUUAGGUUGGAUCACAAUGGAAAAUUUUCUAACACAGACAUUAAAGGUGUUCACUCUGAGAAUGGACCGGUUCCGGUGGAAGAAGUGGGAAGGAAACAUGCUGUGAAAAACCUCAAACCACCUCCCCCAGAAAGUUGGAACACAGUGUCUGGAAAGAAGAUGAGAAAACCAUCAGCUUCGGGGCAAAGUUUCCAUUCUGACACGGAUUACAGAGGGCCAAAGAAUCCAAGCAAGCCAACAAAAGCCCCGUCAGCACUACCUCCUCGGCUCCAGCAUCCUUCAGGAGUAAGGCAGCAUGCAGGGGCCCAGUCCCAGAAAUCAUCCACUGAACACAAAAAUCUUAACAGGAUACCCUCCCAGAUUAUAAGAAAACCUGAUCGUGAGAGAGGUGAGGAGUUUGAUCACAUGAGUCGAGAAUCUCACUAUUUUGGCCUGUCCCCUGAAGAACGCAGAGAGAAGCAAGCUAUAGAGGAAUCUCGUUUACUUUAUGAGAUUCAGAACAGAGAUGAACAGGCUUUCCCCGCCCUUUCUAUGUCAUCAGUCAGUCAAUCGGCUGCUCAAAGUAGCAACUCGUGUGUCCAAAGAAGAUCAUCCCAUGGAAAUGAUAGGAAAGGAAGCAGACGGAGAGUGGACACAGAAGAACGGAAAGAUAAAGAUUCUGUCCAUGGCUAUACUCACCUGGAUAAAAAACCUGAGCCAAGCUCGUUGGAGAACAUAAAUGAUGAUAAAUGUGCAAGAGUUUCCUCACCGUUGAAGUCAAAGAAGUUGGAGUGCCCAUCUCCUGCAGAACAAAAGCCAGCAGAACACGUGUCUCUGUCAAAUCCAGCUCCCAUUCUUGUGUCUCCAGAGGUCCACCUAACCCCUGCGGUGCCUUCUUUACCAGCCACUGUGCCAGCCUGGCCAAGUGAACCUACAACUUUUGGACCAACAGGUGUUCCUGCUCAAAUUCCCGUUUUGUCGGUGACACAGACUCUGACCACUGGACCCGAUUCUGCCGUAUCCCAGGCUCAUUUGACACCUUCUCCAGUUCCUGUAUCCAUGCAGGCGGUUAACCAGCCCUUGAUGCCUUUGCCUCAGACAUUGAGCCUUUACCAGGACCCACUGUAUCCUGGAUUUCCUUACAAUGAAAAGGGAGAUCGAGCCAUCGCACCACCUUACUCACUGUGUCAUACUGGAGAGGACCUGCCUAAAGACAAGAACAUUCUUCGGUUCUUCUUCAAUCUUGGAGUGAAGGCAUAUAGUUGUCCGAUGUGGGCUCCACAUUCUUACCUGUACCCUCUGCACCAGGCCUACCUGGCGGCCUGCAGGAUGUACCCAAAGGUCCCUGUCCCUGUCUAUCCUCAUAAUCCUUGGUUCCAAGAAGCUCCUGCUGCUCAGAGUGAAAGUGAUUGUCCUUGUACCGACGCACACUUUCCUGUGCAACCUGAGGCCAGUGUUAAUGGCCAAAUGCCACAGGCAGAGAUGGGACCGCCGACCUUUUCUUCACCUCUGGUUAUCCCUCCGUCUCAGGUGUCUGAAAGUCAUGGACAGUUGUCUUAUCCAGCUGAUCUUGAAUCUGAGAAUCCUGGCCAGCUUCUUCAUGCUGAAUAUGACGAAUCACUAAGUGGCAAGAAUAUGUUCCCACCAGCAUCCUUUGGCCCUAAUCCAUUUCUAGGCCCGGUUCCCAUAGCACCUCCUUUCUUUCCUCACGUUUGGUAUGGAUACCCUUUUCAAGGAUUCAUAGAAAACCCAGUAAUGAGGCAGAACAUUGUCCUGCCUUCUGAUGAGAAAGGAGAAUUGGAUCUACCCCUGGAAAACUUGGAUCUGUCUAAAGAAUGUGAUUCUGUUCCAGCUGUAGAGGAGUUCCCAGAAGCCAGAGCUGAAGGUUCACAUUCUCUUCCGGAAACAAAUGUGAGCAGUAAGCAUGGAGGCCGGGCAGAGCAGUCAUCCCAGACACGAAAAGCAGAUCUGGCACUGGCUUCUGUUCCACCAGUAGCAGAGGGAAAGGCUCAUCUUCCCACUCAGAUUCUAAACAGAGAGAGAGAAAUUCAGCCAGUUGAACCUGAAGCUAAAAGGACCAUUCCAAGUCUGAAAGAAAAACCAGAAAAAGUAAAAGAUGCUAAGACUGCUGUUGAUGUGGUCAGCCCUGGGCCCAGCUCUGUGGAUAACAGAGUGCAGAGACCAAAAGAAGAGAGUUCAGAAGAUGAGAAUGAAGUAUCUAAUAUUCUGAGAAGUGGCAGAUCCAAGCAGUUCUAUAAUCAAACUUACGGAGGCAGAAAGUACAAAAGUGAUUGGGGCUACUCUGGUAGGGGUGGGUAUCAACACGUGAGAAGCGAGGAGUCCUGGAAAGGGCAGUCAAGCAGAAGUCGGGAUGAAGGGUAUCAGUACCACCGCAACGUUCGAGGACGUCCCUUUAGGGGAGAUAGGAGGCGAUCAGGGAUGGGUGAUGGCCAUAGGGGGCAACACACUUGAUGAUUGUUGCUGGAAACUCUGAGGGCAGAAACCCUUUGUGAGGUGGAAUGUUUCUGAAGGCUUUAACAAAUACAUUAAAAUAAAAAUCCAAAUUGGAACUGUC